AUGAAGGUUUACUUAUUGCUUGCACUUAUUGGAAGCGCUUGUGCCUACCAGGGCAGCGCACAGCAGCAAAACUUGGUCAGUGUGGGUCAGCUGGGUCAUCCGGGACAGCCAGGUCAACCUGCCCAAAAACACCCACAUCACAGUCAUCAAGCACAACAUCAGCACGCACAAGAGAUUGAGCAACAUGUUGGGCAACUUCUUGCGCAUGGUCAGCACCAUGGAUCGCAUCAUCAGCAUGAGCAACAAGUUGUGUCCAGUCCACUGCAAGUACAUCAACAUAUCUCACAUGGACAACAACAACAAGUGCAUCAGGCGCAGCAACAUCAACAUCAUGGUCAGCAACAUGUGCAUCAAGGCCAGCAACAUGGACAUCAAAGCCAGCAACAUGUGCAUCAAAGCCAGCAACAUGUUGCACAGCAAGCCAAAUCACAACAACAGCAAUAUCAAAAAGUACCCAAUGCGCCGCAACUAACGCUCACCGGUGUCGUGCAACAUGUGUCCAUACCACAUGAGAACUAUAAGGUGCCCAAUCGUGUGCAACAUGUUGUCGAUCUGGCACAUGCACACAUUCCACAAGUGCUGAACUACCACAAGUUGCACAAGAAUGACGUGAAUCCCGUUGUUGUUGCAGGCAAAGCAGUAACAGUGCCCGUUAUACCGCCGAACGUGCAACAAAUUGUAGAACAGGUACACACACACGUUCCACAAGUAGUAAAUCACCAUAUACAACAACAAAAACAAUCGGCUGUUGUGCAAAAUCAACAAGGUGUGAACGUCAACAAAGAACAACAACAACCAGUGGCUGGAGUACAAGGUGCAGUUGUUGCGCGCAGUCAGUCGGUCGCGGUGCCACCACAAGUGCAACAGAUUGUCGAACAUGUGAACAAACACAUACCACAAAUGAUCCUCUAUCUAAAGGAACAAGCACAAAAAUUACAAGAGUUUAUCAUCAAAUUUCAACAGCAACAACAACAAUUAGCACAAGAUGUUGCCAGUGAGCAGCAGGUGGUGUUGCCGCAGAUACCCGCCAAAGUGCAACAAAUCGUUGAACACGCGCAUCAACACAUUCCACAAGUGGUCAAUCAUGCACAACAACAAAAACAACAGAUACAGAAGCAACAGCAACAACAACAGCCAGGUGUUGCUCAGCCAGCACAGGGUGUAGUAGUUGCACGUGACGUGCAACCUUCCGUUCCCCCACAGGUGAAACAAGUUGUCAAUCAAGUACAACAAGUGCCAAACCAACAACAUGGUGUCAUCCAGCCUGUACAAGGUGUUGUAGUACCACAGCAAGUUUCAAAAAAAGUUUAUACCGUGCAACAAGACGUCACGCAGAAACAACCGAAUCAACAGCAGAUACCAAAUACUGCCGGCGGUGCAGUUGGGCAACUAACCGUUGAAGUUCAGCUGUGA